AACACAAAUAUAAAGAAAUGAGAAAAAUAAAAAAGAUAAAUGAAAUCACCACAUUAAAAAAAAAAAAAAAAAAGCAAAAAUGAAUAGAGACUCUCUCUCUUUCUGGUGUUAAUAGGAUCCCAAAGUUAUUCAUUACUUUCAUCACACUCUCCAAUUGUUGAGCUGAAAUCUUUUACUUCCAUUAAUACAUUACCAGUUAGUGAGCCCACCUCCACCAAAAGUAGUCAUUAUUAUAUAGUAUUUAUAAUCAAGAAUCUAUAAUCACACAGAAAGAAAAAAAAAUGGAAGUGGCUAGUAGGAGAAAGGGCAAAAUUUCAAGAAAUGGCGUGGUUGAUGAAGUUAAAGGUGGGAUUAAUGUAUAUAGUGAAAAAGAAGAAACCUCACAAGUUGAAAAUGAUGAAAAAAUUAGUACUACUAGUGGAGACAACAACAAUCAAGUUCAUAAAAAGUUGGAAAUGGGGCCAAAGCCAAAUGUUGGUGUUGUUGGUGGUGGUGGUGUGAUGAGUUGCAAGAGAAAAAGUUGGAAAUCUGAGAGUAAUUUAGAAGGCAAACCAAUUCAGAUUGUUAAAAAAAGAUCUGAAUUAAACAAGAAUUUGGAUGAACAAAGUAAAGAGUUGACUACUGUUAUAUCUGCUGACAAUGCAAUGAAGAAAAGUCCAAUUCAAAGCAAGAAAUGUGGAACUGAGAAAAGCCCAGUUAAAACAAUGAAGGCAAAAUUUGGUGAAUCAAGUGAUGGAAAUGAGAGAAAUGGAAUUCAGCUAAGGAAAGUGAAAUCAGAGGCAAAUAAGGAAGGAAAUGAGAAGAAUUCUGAAUUAAGAAAAGUGAAAUCUGUUUCUCUUCAAAUGGUGAAAACAAAAUCAGCAUCAAGUAAAGAACUUGAAGAAGAAAAAUGUAAGAAUUUUGAGGAAAAUAAGGUUGUUGUUGAUGAUGUUCUUGAUGAGUCAAAGAAGAAUCUUGAAGGGUCAUUUGAGGGAAAUGAGAAGAAUUGUGAAUUAAGGAAGGUGAAAUCUGUGUGUCUUGAUGGGAAUUUGAGGAAUUCAGUGGAAGCAAAAUCAGAGAAAUGUAAAAAGAUUUUUGAGGAAAAUAAGGUUGUUGUUGUUGAUGAUGUUCUUGAUGAGUCAAAGAAGAAUCUUGAAGAAAAUGAGGAUGGAAAUGAGAAGAAUUGUGAAUUAAGGAAGUUGAAAUCUGUGUGUCUUGAUGGGAAUUUGAGGGAUUCACUUCAAAUGGUGAAAACAAGAUCAGAGAAAUGUAAGAAUGGUUUUGAGGAAAAUAAGGUUGUUGUUGAUGAUAUUAUUGAUGAGUCAAAAAGGGAUCUUGAAGGGUCAUUUGAGGGAAUUCAGAGGAAAAGAUCUACUGAAGAAAACUGUAAGGAAUUUGAUGUGUGUGAAGAGAAAGUUAUAACAACAAGCAAUGUGGAAUCUCAAGUGAAAUCUCCACUUAAAGAAGAGUCAAAUCUUGAAAGUGAAGAAGAAGAAGAAGAAGAUCAAGAAGAUAUUGAUGAGAAAAUUGAAAAGGGAAGUGUUGAUGUUAAAGAAGUAGCAGAACAGAUUUUUAAGCCUAAAAAGAUUGUGAUUGAAGAGAAUAACAAAGUUCAUAUUAGUAACAAUGAGAAAAAACAAGUGCCCAUUUCUCCAAUUAUCAAGAAACAACCUCCUCCAAUUUCAGGCCAAUCAAGAAUUCAUCAUCAUCAUCAUCAUCCAAGUCCAACAAGAACCAAACCAGUUCCAACAUCAGAUGAAGAAUUUCAGAGCAAUAUCCCAAGACAACAUAGCAACCUACAAAGCUUCGUUGAUUUGAUUAUGUGGAGAGAUGCAUCAAAAUCAGCAUUAAUCUUUGGAUUUGGAACAUUUGUCAUCAUUUCAUCUUCUUAUACUCAAGAUCUCAAUAUCAGCUUCAUUUCUGUGAUUUCCUACUUGGGUCUGGUCUACCUUGCUACAAUCUUUUUAUUUAGAUCCCUCAGGGGUGCAAAUGAUAUAGGUGAAUCAAGUGAAUAUGUAUUAGGGGAAGAAGAAGCAGUAUGGGUACUGAAAUUGAUACUGCCUUAUGUAAAUGAAUGUCUCUUGAAAAUUAGAGCCCUUUUUUCUGGGGAUCCUGCUACUACAAUGAAGAUGGCAGUUCUGCUGUUUAUUUUUGCAAGAUGUGGCAGCUCUAUAACUAUUUGGAAAAUGUCUAAAUUGGGCUUUUUUGGAGUUUUCAUCGGACCAAAAGUCUGUUCUUCUUAUUCCACACAGCUAACUGCCUAUGGUACGUUUUGGAUUAGACGCUUUCGAGACGCUUGGGUAUCUUGUACUCACAAGAAAGCAUUUGCAUUUGCAAUAUUCACACUCAUUUGGAAUUUAUCUUCAAUAUCUGCAAGGAUUUGGACAGUUUUUAUGUUGUAUGUGGGAUUUAGGUACUACCAACAGAAAUUGAUGAAAGAAGGAUGGUUAGGUGAAGAUGAAAUUACAGAAACCGAGGAUUAUUGGCAAGAAAAAAUUGAAAGACAAAAGAAAAUUGGGAGAAGAUCCAGUUUAAUGGAAUCCAAAAAACAAAAGAAAACACAUUAAAGGGAAAAAAUUAGCAAAUAUUUGAGAUGUAUAAAGACAGUCUUCAUUUCAUAUUACUGUACAUAGUUGUUUGUCAUAGUAAAUAAUUGAAGUUUUAGCUUACAUUGCCUAAUAAAAAGUCAUUUUCUUCCUCA